GCUCAAACGAUUUGCGUAGACAAAAUGGCGGCAAUGGGGUAAGUUGAGGGUGAUUUGGUAGUUUUUAAUUUAUAUUUUUGUAUAAUUGUAUUUUAUAGUUUAUUUCAGUUGAAAGUUUAAAUGAUUUUAUAUUUAUAAAUUUACGGAACCAUCGACAAAUGAAAAAAGAGAAAAAAAAUCGUGGUAAGCCUUCCGCACAGCCUCAUACUUCAUUAUCCACACAAUUCUUGGAUAAAUAAGACACUGGCGGAGACAAAUUAUUAGAUGGUUUAAUUGCCUUUGGGACUACAGCUUUGAGAAUGAUAUGGACUUAUAGGGAACUCUUUCCAAAGUCAUGUUAUAGAUAUUAAUGGACAAUGUUGUAGCCCUUGUGUUGUAGCUUGUUCUUGCAGCCAACAAAUAUUAUGAAUGAAUUUUAUGGAAGUUUACCUUCCAGCUUUUGAGCAAGAAUGCUGCUCUUAACCCUUUCACUCCUAAAGUGUCAUUAUUAAUUCUGGAAUUUGGUGUUUGAUCUGCUGAUAAUCCCUUUAUAUUUUUCUUUAUUCUCAUCACUCGUUUGCUUGAUAUUGUAUUGAUAUUGUGAGGAGAAAUUCAAUCUUGGUCACUCAUGGGAGUUGAAGGGUUGAGGCUCUCUCAUAUAUUUUAAACAACCCUUUAUUGAAAAUCCAGGGCAAGAUUUACACAGUGAGCAAUAUUUAUGCACUAAACUUUAUUUUUCAGAAACAUUUGGUUUUUCUGUCCUCUGUGGAAUUUGAUUAACUUAUUAUAAACAUGGCACUUGGAACACUGUGGACAAGAAAGCAUUUCCUAUUCUGGCGUAAAAUCAGUCAACUUGCCUCUGUGAAUCACAUUGUAACAAUGACCUCUCCUCCAUACUUUGAGGAUAAGUGUAAUAAGAUUGGUGCUGUUGUCACCAGAACAGGAACAGAAUCAAGUAGAAGCCCGGUUGUUGCUCUUCUUGGCUGGAAUAGUGCACAAGAUAAGCAUCUGGCUAAAUACAGUGAAAUGUUUGAACAAAAAGGCUUUGACACCAUCAGGAUUCCGGCAAACCCAUACAACACUUUCUUGCGAUUAAACAGAGUCAAAGAGAUCAGUCUGGAACUUUUAGAAAUACUAGAGGAAAUGAAUUCAAAUAAAAACAGGCCAUUUAUACUUUAUGCCUUCAGUAUGGGAGGGUUCAAUGUUGGCCACUUUAUUAGACAAGCAAUAUCUAUCCCAGGGCAGAGGCAUUUUAAAUCCAUCAAUAUCAUUGGUUGCAUAUUUGAUAGUUGCCCCCAUUUUCCUGGUUGGCAUAGUCUAAAGGGUGUACAGUCCACAAUUUUAGAAACCAUACCAAAUCCUCUGAUUAAGGCUGCUGUGUGGGUGGGCUUAGGACUGGUAUGUCCUCCAGUUUUUUUGUUCUCUUCGGAAUUAAAACAGCUUAUACCAGACUCGAUAUCCUACCCCUUUGGUUGUCCUGAGUUGUUCCUUUUCUGUAGCACUGAUCCUUUAGUUCCUGAGAGAGAUGUUUGGGUUUUCAUUGAGGCACACAAAAAGAAAGGUAUUAAGGUUUUUGAAAAGUGCUGGGAAGUGUCAGGUCAUGUGCAACAUUAUAGGAAUUAUCCUGAGGAAUACUUGAGCAAAGUCAAUACCUUUACUGACUAUUGUAUGAAACAGUAUUUCACCUCAGGAAUUUCUAAGCUAUAAUAAGCCUUACAAUAUAGGCUUUUGAAUCUGUUUACUACAAACUUGAUAUAAAUAAUACUAUGCAUUCAUAUCAAAUUUCUUGUAUCUUGUUAGGACACAUUAUGACUUUUUAGUGCAUAGAACUGUUUUAAAAGAAAUUUUGACCUUAGCAGUUGUAAGUAACUUGCAGCAUUUUGAGGUGGGGUUUUGACAACUCAAUUUUCAGCUUAAGUGGCUGAUUCAGUGAUCUGUGUUCAGCCCUCAUGUAGAGAGUUGUAAAUUAUUUUACUCAGCUUUUGAGGUCUUAGUUAAAUGCAGGAAAAAAUUUUGCUUUAACUGUCUAUUUUUUUUUGUGGGAAGCUGAUGUUUUAUUUGUGUCAGAACUUAGGAAAACAUUUUUCUUUUCAGCUUACCCAUCUCCUUGGUAUCCACAUCACCCCACACUACCACACAGGAGAUGCUUUGACACUCCAACCCCCCCUCCCCUUCCCAUCCUUGGAAAAAGAGGAACAUUCAUAGAGGAUACAUAAAGGUUUUUAGCUGUUAGGUAUAUUUCAGUUAUAAGUAUCUAUGAUUAAAAUUUAUAUAGGUAAUUAAAUAUUGAUGAGAUAAUUAAAAACUUAUACCAUAUGAUGAUUUUACCUAUUGUUAAAAAGAAAGGAAAAGUGAAAGAGUUGAAAGGAAAUCUUGGUCAAAACCUUAUUUUAGGUUUCACGUUAGAAUAGAUUCAUGUUAUAUUUGCUACAUUGUAUUGGAAACUUAAAAAUAAAAGCUGCUACAUUUUAUUUUUGUAUUU